GCUUAUCUGACUAUCUUGAAACCGAGGAUCCUGACUUGGCAAUCUGAAAAUCCCAUCGUUGGACGUGGCUGCAUUGGCCCAUAUUUUGAUCCAACUAGUGCAUGCAUGCUCAAAGGCAAUGUCUUGGAUAAGUUCAGUAUAAUCACCCCAUUUAACGACACUUAAAUGUUACAAACGAACUUGGUGUGUAUUGACGUGUAGGUAAUCUAAAUGACUGGAGGCCAAGGACCCCACACCUGGGUUGAAUGAUACUGGAGUGCAGUUAGGGGGACGCUGCAAACAGGUGGUUGGAAGCUGUAAAGGAGAGACGUGUACUGGAAGGAACGGUGAGCAAGGAGGGUAAAGUAGGGAAAGAUGUACGUAUUGACUUUGUUGAGUUUACUUACUGUGAAGACCGCCUUGGUCGGGAUCGCGGUAUUCCUGUUGGUGAUUUCAUAUCUGCAGAGGAAGAAGUACAAACUGCCUCCAGGACCGCCACAGCUGCCGAUACUGGGGAGUUACUUUGAAUUUAGGAAAGAUAGCCGACUGUACUCCGUAUUUACAGAGCUCGGGAAGUCAUUCAGUGACUUGUUCACCGUUGAUUUAGGCUUUUGGCACAAUGUCGUGGUCCUGAAAUCUGCGGAUAUUGUACACGAGGCUUUCGUUGAAAAGAAGGAGAUAUUUGCAGGAAGGGAAACUCUAACUUGGAAAUUCAAAGUAUUCAGCGGAGGCAACAGAGAUAUACUUUUCAGUGACUACGGUCCAGUGUGGAGACUACAGAGACAGAUGGUUUUGAAGGCUUUCAGGGCCUACGUAGCGAGUGAUAAAUUGGAAACAUUCGUGAGGUCCUCUUUUGAUGAAGUGGCCACCUUGAUUGAAAAGGAGACUGAGCCUUUUGACAUAGAUCCUCACUUUCAUUACAAAAUUGACGAACCGGAGUUCGUAUUGUUGAAGGGCACCGUGGACAAAACCAUGGCAACGGUAUUUGGAAGUAUCAUUCCCUCUGACGUUAUUCCCGUCUUGAAGCAUGUUCCUAUCCCUUCAUCCCUCUCGGUGAAACGACUCAUAAAGAAACUGACCGACUUCCAAAAUGUCAAACUGGCAGAGCAUAAGACAACAUUGAACUCGGGUAACCUUAGAGAUAUUAUGGAUCAAAUUCUGAUACUGAAGGAAGAACUGGGAGCCGAGAGUGAUGACAACGCAAAAGAGUCUCUUACUGACACUCGCAUACGCCACACCCUAUUGGAUAUAUUCUUUGGUGGAACGCAGACCACGGUUGACACGUUGAAGUGGAUGAUUAUGUAUGUAGCCGAUAAUCCGGAGGUUCAGACAAAACUACACAAGGAGUUAGACGCCUUAGGGGACGACAUCAGUGGACUUCGUCACUGCAGACAUAAAUUGCCUUACAGCGAGGCUGUUCAGCGAGAGGUUUUGCGCAUGCGUCCUGUUGCUCCAGUAGGUGUAGGUCAUCAAGCACUCAGUGACACCAAACUAGGUGCGUACGAUAUCCCCAAAGGCACUGUGCUGUAUGCAAACAUUAUGGCAAUCCAUCAUGACCCGAAAAACUGGGAGUCGCCGGAAAUUUUCAAGCCAGAGAGGUUUAUUAACAGUGACGGAAGCUUAAAAGAGGUUGACAACAAAAUAUGGAUUCCGUUCAGCAGUGGCAAGAGGAAAUGUGUGGGAGAAUCAGUUGCCAGGGCAAACCUUAUGAUGAUUUCGGCAUUGUUUUUCAGUCGGUUUGAGGUGAGCUUCCCACACGGACAAAAACCAGACUUCGAGCCUGCAAUGUCAGAAUUUACCUGUAUACCUAAACCUCAGAAGAUCAUCGUGAAGAAAAGAAAGUAAUUUUUGGUGUCAGAAAUGUUUUAAAACUGACCCGGAGGAAGUUUUCAGUGUUUGAACUUAUAAACUGUAAUUAAAACGUAACAUUCUACUGGUAAGGACAAGCAGAUCUAGAUGGCUAAUAAAUAUCAUGGGAUUGCUUUGACAUAAAUGUACCUGUGUAUCUGGAAUUAGAUGGACGGGGUGAUGUAUUGCAAGAUUAAUGGAAUGAAAAAAUAUGUAACAAGACACACUAAUGUACUGGGCAGCAUUGAAUUUCGUGUACUGGUAACGUGGAUAUCUAACUUCAGUUUAUCUUUUAAGGGGGGGGGGUAUGAUAGUUAUGAACCAAAUAAAUCGUUAAUUGAGUGAUUUGUACGCCAAUUUUAAUACAGUAAAGGCUUUAAUAAACAAAAUGUGGGGUCAUGAAUAUUCAAUUUUGCUUGAAAGAAUAAAACGAAGAUUA